UCUUCAUCCGGAAGAAAGAAGUAAAUCUACAGGGAGGCUCAGCUGGUCAGGCUGGUCGUCAUCAUGGGGAAAACUGCUCUGAAAGAUCAGAGGGAGGGUAAGAAGGAGAAAGCAGGAAGAAUGCUUCCUCUGACGCCUCCUGCAAAUAAUAAAGAUUCCUUCAGCUGGGAGGAAUACCUGAAGGAGACGUCAGCUACACCUGCCCCCCCCGCCUGCUUCAGACAGGCCAGGGUCCCCCCCUCUAAUGACUUUAAGACGGGGAUGAAACUUGAGGCUCGGGACCCCCGAAACUCAACGUCUGUCUGCAUCGCCACGGUGAUGGGUCUGACGGGGGUCCGGCUGCGACUCCGACUCGACGGCAGCGACAACUCCAACGACUUCUGGAGACUGGUGGACUCGUCCGACAUCCAGCCAAUCGGAAGCUGCGAGAAGAACGGGGACAUGCUGCAGCCCCCCCUGGGCUUCCGGAUGAACGCGUCCUCCUGGCCCAUGUUUCUGCUCCGCACUCUGAACGGAGCGGAGAUGGCUCCGGCCACCGCCUUCAAAAAGGAGCCCCCGCGGCCCCCCCAGAACCUGUUCAGACCUGGCAUGAAGCUGGAGGCCGUGGACAAGAAGAACCCCUACCUAAUCUGCCCGGCAACCGUGGGCGAGGUGAAGGGAGACGAGGUGUUCGUGAUGUUCGAUGGCUGGAGAGGAGCCUUCGACUACUGGUGCCUCUACGAGUCCAGAGACAUGUUCCCAGUGGGCUGGUGUUCCCUCACUACACACAGCCUGCAGGCACCAGGGAACAGUGUCUCCCUCCAGAAGCCCCCCCCCCCCCCCCCCUGCCUCCCCCCCAUCCCCAUGCCCCCCCUGCCCGUCAGGAAGGGAGUCCGAGGCCGCCGGCCCAAGAGCGAGACCCUGGCCCUGCUGAGGGGUCUGGCUGAGGCCAAAGCCCUGAACACAGCUGGAGACCAGGACCUGAUUCCAGACCUGAUCCCAGACCUGGAGACCAGACUGCCCAAGAAGAGGGGCCCCAAACCAGGGAGCAAGAGGAAGUCCAAGAUGCUGCAGAGCCCCCCCCAGCUGCAGAGCAGUCAGGUCCCUCAGGACGGCCCCCCCAGCCUCACCUCUGUGGUCUCGACAGUGUGUGUGUACGUGAAUAAGAGUGGGGACUGCGGCCCCCACCUGGACAGGAAGCAGAUGCAGCGUCUGCCGGAUCACUUCGGCCCGGGGCCGGUGAACUCUGUGCUGCAGGAGGUGGUGCAGGCCUGCAUCAGCUGCACCCCCCAGCCCAGAGUCCUGCUGAGCAGCCUGCAGACCAGGCCGGGGGGGGGGUGCGUCGUCAGAGUGAGGACGGACGGGGGGGUCCGGGUGGUCCGCCUGCCCUCGGCCUCUAGUGCUUCCUUCGUGCUUCGGUUCCUGGAAAACAUGUGUCGACAUCUUCAGUGUGACAGUCUGUUCAGCAGCCAGCCCUUCAGCCUGUACCACAGGAAGUCAGUGAAGCAGGAGGCUCUGGAGGCUCCCUCUCUGGCUCGGGGGGGGAAGAGGAGUCUAUCUGGGGUCUCCCCCCCGUACGCUGCCCCCCUCUCCCCCAAACUGCUCCGGCCUGAAGCCCACCCCUCAGAAGCAGAGACACAUGAAGACAGCACUCUGAUGAAGGAUCAGCGCUUCAUGGACUCGGCCUCCGUUACCCCCCGCCCCCCCCACCCCGGCAGCACCCCCCGACGCCUCGCCUCCCCCCCCUCAGAGCCGGGGGCCAAGCAGCCCCUCCGACAGGUGGAAGCAGCCAGCUCCACCACGGGGCCCGAGGUGGGGGGGGUCUCUGAGGGUCCCGGCAGGAAUCCGUCCUGCUGGAGCAUCGAGGAGGUGAUGCAGUUUGUGAGGGAGGCCGACCCGGCAGCGUUAGCCCCCCACGCCGAGCUCUUCAGGAAACACGAGAUCGACGGCCGGGCCCUGCUGCUGCUGCGCAGCGACAUGAUCAUGAAGUACAUGGGUCUGAAGCUGGGCCCCGCGCUGAAGCUGUGUCACCACAUCGAGAGGCUGAAGCAUGGCCGGCUGUGAGGGGGGCCACAACCAGCAAUAACCCAGGGGGGGCCACCAGGGGGGCCACAGAAC